GUUUUAUCUCAAAAUUUCUCAACCCAAAAUCAGUGUUCUAGUUAUAAAGUAUUUUCUAAGACACUUGCCGUCAUUGGAUGAUGGAAACAAGACGAUAGCUUUACUACCCUCUACUGAUAUUCAUAGCAGCUUCAGGAUCUCAAACUCUCAUCUGAAGAAAGCACAAGCCAGAUAAUAUCUCUUCAAUGUGAAAUUCAUACUCGUACCUUCACUUAACACAGACCUCACUCAUCAGUCCAUGUGAAGUCGAACCCUAGCAUCAGGCUCUAUUGGCCUCAGGAUACCUUUGAUUCAUUUGGCAAAAGUGGUUAGCUUGGUUCAGUUUCUCCCACAACAAUUUUGAACUUGGUUUCCUCUUCAAAAACAACCCAAAACCAGAAUAUCAACAACACCUGCUUUUCUUCCACUGUUUUUGGUGGUUGUUACUUACUCGAAUAGUGUUCGCCUCAGGCUACACUUUUUUCAACUCUUCUCAAUUAGAAUUCUGCCAUUGUCGGUUGGGUCACCGCUCGGGCCCUCUGAUUAUCAUCAUGGAUAGCUAUAUUGACAGAAGCUUAUCCCCUCCAACCCCAUUUCCUACUCUUGACACAACCACUACUCCUGUUCCUGCAACCAAUCUACCAAGAAGAACAAGAUCGAGAUCAGAUACUCUCCCUUCAACAACUGAGCGACCUCAAUUGGGGGAUUUGAUUCCAGCAUCGCGCCGCGAUUCAAUCAAUUCAAAUACAUCCGAUUCAAGCCUUGUGAACGCAGCGCUCGAACACCUUCGCGCAGAGGUUAUUCGACACGAUCGAGAGCUCGAAGAAGCUGGCAUCGGUCUUGGAAUAUUUGGGGAGGAAACUGCAGCACAAAGUGAAAGUGAGGAAUUUAAUUAUCGUGGUGUUCAGAGCGCGCGACCAUCCCCUCGUCUGCCAUCAGUUCGCCAGCCACUUCCAGUUGUUGAACACCUUCUUACUACUGAUCUAAGAGCCCGUCGCCGUGGAUCGGUUAUCCAUCACUCUCGAUCAUCUUCCGUCUCCUCACUCCCUUCUACCGAAGACCUUCGAGCCUCUCCAGAGCUCAACUACAGACCCAUUGUAGAAGAGCCUUUCCAUAAUCAAAUCCCACUCAGUUCUUCUACCAACAAUCUUCAUCAACUCCUCACCUCUGCGACAUACGUACCACCACCUCAGGUACCCAAGUCACGUAAGGAUCGUAAGAUGAAUUAUCAAGGUUUCGGUGAUCCAAAUCAAUCCGGCCAACCAUCCAACUCCAGACAAGCACCACCAUCGCCAGGUCAAGGCAUAGCUCAUACAAACGGAAUGAACGGUCAGAUGAACAUGGCCGGAAUGGCUAACAUGAUUGGCUUUCCAACUCCUGCUGGACAUCAAUCUGAUCUUAAUUAUAUUAUGGUUAUGGUUGAAGAAUUGAGCCGACUUUUGGCCGCUAAUCAAAAGAUUACGGAUAGCAUUCUUGAGAAGAUCGGAAAUGUUCGUCAACGAGCCAAAGAUAAGAAUUUGAGCAACGACGAACUUCUGGAUAUCGUUACUGAGGAAUUGAAUGCUGGCUCAGAAAACCUCGAAAUUGAGAACGCUCAAUUGCGUAGAGAAGUCGAAUCAUCCAAGGCUGAUGCUGACGAGAAUUGGAAGUUGGUUCUUCAUGCUGCUGGUAUCCUUGAAGAUAUCAAGGAGAAGGCCCACAAUUACAAGUUUCAACAUGAGAAGGACACUCUUGCCUGGCACAAGAGUUACCGUGAUCAACUUGCUCAAGAACGCAAAGAGAACCUUGAACUUCGUUGCCAUAUUGCAGACAUGCAAGCUCAUGCUGCAAAGGCUAAUGACUACAUCAACCAGCUACGUCGUUAUGCUUCCGAGCACAAGAUCAUUACUGAGCUUACAACCCAAGUUCAUCAAUAUAAGGGUGAACGUCGUUAUUGGAAGCGUAUGGCUUGUCCAGGUCUCAUUGAAGACCCUAGCGAGUGGUCUGAUGGUGAAGGUGGUGCUACCGGCGAUAUUCCUGAGGCCGAAAAGAUCGCAUGCGCCCCGUGGAUUGCUGAACGUGAAGAGAUGGCACGCAUCCUUAACGGUGAUGGUGGAUCAUCUUAAACCUCUUCCUUUACAUACACACUUACGAUGAAAUGGCGUUGGGAAGAUUGUUUUUUAUGGUACAAGACCUUUCUCAUGAAAACUGGCGUAAUGGAAUGGGUAUACCCGAUUUCUUUUACUCGAUAGCAUAUACAUGUGCAUGGAUGGAUGGUCAUGGAUAAAGGAAUUUGUUUGAUGAAAUUCUUGUAUUAUUGUAUUCUGGUUGCACAUUGGGAAUGGGAAUGGGAAUGAGCCAGCGAUUUUGAGCUGUGCAUGAAAUAUGGCGGUUCUGAUUUUCUUCUGCUUGACGGCAAACACUCACGAUAUCACAGCUCGCUCUCUUUUCUGAGAUCAUCUUUCUUUCCUUUCCUUCAUUUUUGAAAUGAGGUAAAGGGAAUGUAAAAGGUGCAGAGAUGUUGAUGGGUUGACUAAGGACUUUCCUCGAGAUUUUAUGGAAAUAAAAUACUUGAAUAGGAUUGUGAUGCGGUCUUUGGGUUGAUUUGUUCGUCGGCAGGUAGUUUGUUAGUUAAUUUCAUAGUAAUUAAGUAAAAAUGAAUGGAUAUGCCUCGCGCAUAAUUCAUAUACUUCA